AUGUCUUCCACUAUUGUCAUCGUAUUUCUUUGCGCUAGUUAUGCUCUAUACUCACUGCUGUGCUUGAUUCGAAACAUUCGAAUCGCCAAAAACAUUGGCAUCCCAGUGGUAUGGAGCCCCAUCAGCCCAUUCAACCCAUUUUGGAUAAUCUUCAAUAAACGGCUGUCCCCGAUUAUCCAGCGUCUGCCCCUCAGCCAGGGAAGCUGGACUCAGCACGAUGCGCUAGAUUGGACCUGGGUAGACCGCGCUCAUGGAGACUCACAAGUCCAUGAGAAGCUCGGCGACACCUUCGCUCAUGCCACUCCAAGGGAGAUCGAAAUACACACACGCGAUCCUGCUGUCGCCGACGAGGUGUUACGGAAACGUGCCAAUGAGUUCCCCAAAAUAAGCCACUAUGCCAAGGUGCUCGAUUUUCUUGGAACGAGUCUUGUCUCGUCAGAUGGCGAGGACUGGGUUCGCCAUCGCAAAGCCACAGUCUCUACACUGAGCGACAGGAACAAUCGACUUGUCUGGACCGAAACCGUCAGGCAGACGCAGCAGAUGAUCCAGCACUAUUUCUCAGCCUCGAGCGGUCGCAUCAUUGACCCCGUAGAAGACGUUCGAGAGGUGUAUCUCCAUGUCUUCACGGGGGUUUGCUUUGGUGUCAAGUACGACUUCCGCCAAGCUGCAGAAAAGUACAUGCCGCAAGGUCAUGCACGCAGUUACAAGGACUGUCUUCACACCAGUCUCAAGGACUUGCUCAUUCUCCGGCUGGUGCCAAAAUGGAUCUUGGAUCUGCCCAUCUUGCCCCAAAGGAUUAGCAACUUUCGUGAUUCCGCGCGUGAAAUGUGCCAAUAUCUCGACGAGAUGAUUGCUUCUAGUAAAGAGGAGCUGAAAGAAAAGGGAACAAGACGAACUCAGACGGAUAAUCUUCUAAGCUUCAUUGUCAAGACCUGA